AAAACCGGCGCAUCACCGGAAGAGAAUAUUGAUUUCUAUGCAGUGUUCUUAGAGAAAUGAGCAGGUGUCCGGGCAUAUAUUUUGAUAUUGGGAAAAGAGCUAAAGCUGUUCUUCACAAGGACUAUGCUCACCAACCACCAAUUCACUUUCACUACCAAAUGAUGGACUGGAAUCUAGAUCUGUCUUGUCAAGUGGACGAAAUUGUGCCUGGAGUUAGAAGCCUCUGCAAUUUUACACUCCCUGAUUCUGGGAAGGUGGAACUGCAAUACUUGAGUAACUACACUGGAAUAACUGGGUGCAUUGGAUUAAUAGGAAACCUUGAAAGAGGAUAUGACCCUGUGGUCAACUUCUCUGGUCUUAUAGGAACAGAUAUUCUAUCUUUGGGGGCCAAACUUGCAUACGACAUUUCGACAAAGGAAUUCAGGAAAAUGAAUGUUGGUUGCACCUUCAACACUGCGUUCCUUGUUGCUUCUAUGACCAUGCAUGACAGGUUUGACACUGUGAAAGCAUCCUUUUAUCAUGAGGUGAACCCUCUGACAAAGACAGCCAUAGCAGCAGAGGUGAAGCAUAGGAUCUCAAUGAAUGAGACCGGUGUGACUAUUGGUGCUCAGCACGCAUUGCUACCUUGCACAUUGGUGAAGGCUCGACUUGAUACCUAUGGAAAGGCGGGUGCUCUUAUUCAGCAACAGUUCUGGCAGAGAAUUUGUAUAUCCGUGGCUGGAGAAAUGGAUUUUAGGGCCACAAGUAAACUUCCUAAGGUUGGCCUCUCCCUGGCUCUAGCACCCUAGUCAAUCUCAAGGAGAAAAGCUACUAUCUAGCACGCUUGAUGAACGAUUUCAUUAUUUAUCGCUAUCCAUUUUAAAUCAAUAUUGCAGAAUGUCGACAAUUUUUACGAAUAAAGACAAUGAUAGUUGACAAUAUUUUUACGAAUAUUUUUUGCGAACAG